AUGCAGAUCUUCGUCAAGACCCUGACGGGCAAGACGAUCACCCUGGAGGUGGAGAGCAGCGACACCAUCGACAACGUCAAGGCCAAGAUCCAGGACAAGGAGGGGAUCCCGCCGGACCAGCAGCGACUCAUCUUCGCCGGGAAGCAGCUGGAGGACGGCCGCACGCUGGCCGACUACAACGUCCAGAAGGAGUCGACGCUGCACCUCGUGCUCCGCCUCCGCGGCGGCCUCUCCAUCAAGGUCAAGACGCUCACCGGCAAGGAGAUUCAGAUCGACAUCGAGCCCACGGACACGGUCGACAGGAUCAAGGAGCGCGUCGAGGAGAAGGAGGGCAUCCCGCCCGUCCAGCAGAGGCUCAUCUUUGGUGGCAAGCAGAUCGCGGACGACAAGACGGCGCAGGACUACAAGAUCAAGGCCGGGGACGUGCUCCACCUCGUGCUCGCGCUCAGGGGCGGUGCUUGCUAGAUAUUGUCUCGGGUUUUACAGGAGCUUGAAUGAGGGUUUAGCUGU